AUGCGACGAUGGUUGUUUGGGCGGAACCCUUCCUUUAAUACCAUUGCAUUUACGAUGUCCCAGUUAAGAAGAAAAACGUUAACAACAACAACAACAACAACAACAACAACAAGAAAGACAUCUUCUUCCUCUCCUUCUUCUUCUUCUUCUUCUUCCUAUUCAUCAGCUGCAGUAUCAGCAACACGACAAACGACUAUAAAUAUCCCACACAUUUCUGCACAACGUCGUAUUCGUGAAAUAAUGGUUCGACAAGUAUUACUAUCAUCCCAGCCACUGACAAUAACUGCGUUAGUGGAUCUUGUCUAUCGGGAAUACAUGGGAACAAAAGAUUUGUGUGGAAACUCCAAACCAUCCCAUCAACCUAAUACUUCAGAUACGACAAUAGCAGUAUCUAAUCAUAUUGUCUAUUUACAUGACUUUUUACUUUCUACGGCGAAAAAAGAGGAAAGAGAAGAUAAUGUUAAUCAUGCAAAUUCUCAUGAAGAGAAACAUUAUGCCUCUCAAGUGGAGGGAACUGUACGUCUUAUAUUGGCAUUAGACUCCCAGUUCCGUGUAUCUCCUGCCGGAUAUGUGUGUUAUCCUAAUUUACCAUCCUUGUUGGUUUCUACAAGUAAUUUGGAUCAUAAUGAAACCUGGGUGCGUACCACAAGAAGAUUAGUUCAUAUAGAAGAAGCCAAACACUCUGCAGAUGUGAAUAGUGCCGUCAACAAGAAGAAGGGAAAUGUAACUUCACGUUGGAGUUACAUGUUAAGUUUAUGGUAUUUGUUAGACUCCGUCAUGGAUUCCGAUAAUGCCUUCUUUCUUGGUAAAGAAACCAAUAGAAGAAAUAUAUCCACAAAUGUAGUAGGAAAUGAGAGGGAUAUAUCUCUUUCUCAACAUCUUGUUGAGCUUUGGGUAAAUACUUUCGAUGCUCGUGAUAUUCCCGUAUUACUUCGCAGUGAUAAAACUUCUUCUUCUUCUAAUGUGAGUUCAACACGAACAGAUACAAAAUUUCAUACACCACUGGAAUUACAUGCAUGUGAUGAGGGAAAUGACUAUUUACGACGCUGGUGUACAGAGGCAAAGGAAGGAUAUGUGGGUACCGCAUUAUUAGGAGCCCCACUACUAACACAAUCCACCUCUACACUUCUACAAGUUGUGAAUGAACAACUUGGUUAUCUCUUUACGGUUAUUAUUGCCACACCCAUCACAAUAGCACAAUUGGCAGCUCUUCUACAAUGGUCAAGUCUUCCCUUUGCUGCCCAUUAUCGUUCCCUGUUGCAUUUUCUUCUUAUCUAUACCGGCAAUCCCGCUGUUGUUCGCAUGGAGAAACAUGAGAUGCGGCGUCGGGAAACACAACGACGAUGGGUUGAAUUAUUACGUGCCAAACGUAUACGUAGUAGUAAUGAUGAUCCUCAUAAUUAUAAUUAUAAUUCUGGACGCCCUAGAUCCUCACGUACACAUGGAAUGGAUCGUCGUUCACGCACUGGCCGGUACGCCUCACGGGAAUGUGUGGAAGAGGAAAUCAAUAUAAAAGAAACAUCAUCCAACAUCACUGUUGUUGGUAGUGGUAGUAGUGAUGUUAAUAAUAAUAAUAAUAAUAAUAAUAAUAAUAAUAGUCUUCACAAUACAUCGGAUGAAGUGAAGGGAACCACAAGGGAAGUGUCGGCUGAACAAUAUGGAUGGUGGUGGCAAUCAAGUGAUGGAUCUAGUGUAAAUCCCAAGAUAACAAAUGUGUGUCGGUGUAUAUUUAUGCAACCGAAUGAAAUGAAACCACUGGAUGUGAAUAAUCGUACACCUUCAGAAAUUAUGGAGGAUUUUGAUGAAACAGAGAAUAAGAAGAAGAAGAGAGAAGAAGAAGAAGAAGGGAAAAAGAAUACGGCAAAUAAUAUUGUCGUUUUCUGUGCGGCACCGUAUGUGUUUGAACGUCGUAUUUGUCGAAUUAUGCGUUCCUGGUGGGCCUUUGAAGGGCAAUAUACAAUGAAUACGAAAACACAUGCUGUUUCUUCUACUACUUCUACUAAUACUAAUACUACUAAUACUGUAGAUACUGUGGAUAGUCUUUCUAAUGCUGGUGUUGGUGAAAAGACGAUUGUUAUUACGAUACGACGUCUUUGUCAGUUGUGUUUGUGGGAACACGAGUAUGGGAGUCCAGCAGCGAGUAAAAUGAUGCUACACUAUUUGAAAGUAGUGACAAGAGGAGAUAAUGUUGUGCAAUUAAUUCCACCUUCUUCUUCUUCUUUGAAAGGUGAAGAUGAUGCGGGGAAUUGGUUGGUGUUGCUACGAAAUGCCCGUGAAGAGGGGAAUUCUGCAAAGACAUUAGGAGGCGGUAAUAUUGUGAAUCCCCUUUAA